UUCAGAAUACUUCCUUGUCUUUUCAGCUCUGCUAAGAAUCUUUGAUAAACUGAAAAACAACAUGAAUAUGGGGAACUCAGAAAACAAAGACUUUGACUCGACCUGGGAAGAUGAAGAUGACAACGAGGACACUACAGAGUCCUCUCCGCAGUGGUCAUGGAGUGCACAAAGGAACAUGCAUGCUGCAGAAGACAUGCAAAAAUACAGACACAAGUAUCGGAUGAUCCAGCUUGAUGACAUGAAGGAUCAUGAUCUAGACAAUCUACAGGAUGAAGUCUCACCAAAUCUGUGGUUUUACCAAAAUAAAAUCCCUUUCGACGCUGACGGUAAAAAAAAAAAAAAAACACUGAGUGAAAAUAUAGACAUCUCAAACAAUAUUCACAUGAUGAGAAAGUUUAGCUUUUUUGGUGUGCACCCGCGUCUCUCAUCUUUAGCCAUGUGCAUCGAGAAUUUUCACAUGUACUGGUUUGGUGAUUACAACAAGCUGGAACAUGACCACUCCUACAUUCAGUGGCUAUUUCCAAUUCACGAGAAAGGAAUGAACACAUGUAACGCACUUAGUGACAAAGAAAUCAAGUUGUUCCGUAGGGAUGAGGAGGUAAAGAAGAGACUGUUAACGUCUUAUAAGCUCAUGUUGGACUUCUACGGUAUAGAACUUCUCAGUGAGGAAACUGGAGAGGUGAAACGUGCAGUAAACUGGAAAGAGCGAUUUGCAAACCUAAAUGGAAACCCACACAACAACCUUCGCAUUACCCGCAUUCUGAAGUGCCUGGGAUUACUAGGGUUUCAUCACUAUCAAGCACCGCUGGUCCACUUCUUCCUUGUGGAGACUCUGGUCAAAGGCACACUUGCCCGAGUAAAGCAGAGCAUUCUGGACUACUUUAUGUUCGCAGUUGUGGACAAAUCCAAAAGAAGAGAGUUGAUCAAAUUUGCCUUGUGUUAUUUUGAGCCGAAAGAGAAAUUUGUGUGGUGCCCUAGGAGGAUUCGAAUUAAAUUCUUGAAUGAGCUGGAGCGUGCACAGAAAGAAACAGAGCUACCAUAAGUAAAGACGACAAACACAGCCUAGGGAAUGCAAAAGUAAUUUAACUGUUCAAAGUGUUUAAAAAGAUCAACAAGGUAUAAAAUCAAGAUGAACUCAAAAGAAAUUAGUAGAUAAGAAAAGAUAAUUUGUCUAAUUGACAAACCAAUGCAUCAGAACAGAAGCUUUCAAUAAACUUUCUUCCCCCAUAACAUCAACCUAAAUCAGAUGCUCAGUCUAAACGUGGUCACAUACCGUACCACAUCAUGCUGUUGUGUUAACCAUCCAAGAGACACUGUAAAUGUAUUAUAAUAAUAAAUAAUAAUCACACCACCAGUGAAAACAGCCAAGAGCUUCCAACUAGGGAGAUGAGCAUCAAAAACAGUAUGAAACACAAAGUCCCCAAAAAGCUACAGCAGAAACAAAUACAAAAAGAACAUGAAAGAUGAUCCCGCAUGUAACAUUAAGAAACUGUUGAACACAAUAUGUCCACAAACAUCGAGAUAUAAAGAAACAAAAGCUAAAUUAUCAUGAAAAUUCACACAAACUUGUAUAAAAGGUCACACUCUGAGACAUGUGAACGCAGCAUAGGAAAAUCUGUUCAGGACAAAAAGAUGGAGAUUGGGUUUAUUGGAGAUGGAGGAACUGAAAACAAUAAAUCCAGACUGAUGUACAAUAUACACAUGAAACUAUUUUUUUGUUGGCUGGCAGAUCUUCUGAACGAGCUUAAGCAAAUAGGCAAUAUUUUGCUAAUUUUUAAGUAUUAAAACAAUUAAUUGUGAGCCACACCAUACAAGAGCUUGUAAACAGGGUUGCAAACUCAUGCUGAUCACCGAAUAUGAAUGAAUAAUUAUAAAUAAAAGCUAGCAUUCUGUACUUUAGCUUUGCAAUGCUGUUAAGACUUUGUGGCAUCAGUAAUUCACACUCAUGUCUGAUUAAUGCUUUGUACAAGAGUUUGAUCAUUAACCAGCAGGCUGGUUUAUUGGUUGUCAUUCUUUUUCCAGCCACAAGGUGGAGGUGUCAAACCCACAGUCAGGUUGCGUAUGUAUAAUAUGAACACAAAUACACAUUUACCAUUUUAAAUUUGCAGCAUACAGAAUGUAAAAUAUAAAAAUCACAGAUGUAGAUCUUGUACAAAGAGUGGUUUAAUAAACAAAACCGGAUAAAGCUUACAGAACAUCUGACUGA